CGUGGUCUACCUGCACAUGUGACCAGAGAUACAGAAGUAGAGUAUAUAUCUCUGAUGUGACUGACCUACUCAUAAGGAUAUAAAGUACCUAUAUAAUAUUUUCCCAGUACUGAAUGGAGAUGUGGACCGUUGCUUUGUUGGUGAUUGCUAGCCUGCAAGCUGCAGCUGGCUCCUACAGUCUUGACGACAGUGUAGGACUGGGGAGGAGGUUCGAUGGUAUCGGUGGACUCAGUGGAGGAGGGGCCACGUCUCGUCUCCUAGUGAGCUACCCUGAGAAGCAGAGGGACGAGAUCCUCGACCUUCUUUUCAAGCCCAACUUUGGAGCAUCUCUGCAGAUACUCAAGGUGGAGAUUGGUGGAGAUGCACAGAGCACAGACGGCACUGAGUCUUCUCACAUGCACACUGCUGAUGACAUGAACUUCAACAGAGGCUAUGAGUGGUGGCUGAUGACAGAGGCAAAGAAGAGAAACCCAAACAUCAAGUUGAGUGCUCUCUCCUGGGCCUUCCCCUCCUGGGUAGGCAAUGGUACCGGCAGUCCCUACACAUUUCCUGUCCUCACAUCAACAUAUGUUGGCUACUGGAUCCUCGGGGCAAAGUCCGAGUACAAGCUGGACAUUGAUUAUGUGGGAGUGUGGAAUGAGAGACAGUAUAACAGUACGUACAUCAAGACCUUGCGUAAAACCCUGGAUGAUAUGGGGCUCUCCAGCGUUCAGAUAGUGGCCGCUGACGGAAACUUUAAAGACAUUUCUGCUAAUGUACAAAGUGAUCCAGACUUAAAGGCAGCUGUCAGUAUUCUGGGUGCCCAUUAUCCUGGUACAAACAGUAAUGCUGAUGCGGUGGCCAGUGGUAAGCAGCUGUGGGCCUCGGAGGACUACAGCACCUUCAAUGACGAUACGGGGGCGGGAUGUUGGGCAAGGAUUCUAAAUCAGAACUAUGUGAAUGGGAACAUGACCGGUACCAUAUCAUGGAACCUGAUUGCCAGCUACUACUCGGGCCUUCCCUACUACAGCGAUGGUCUCAUGACAGCUGCCGAGCCUUGGUCCGGUAACUAUGAUGUCACAGGCACAAUCUGGAUGUCAGCUCACACCACUCAAUUCACGAAACCUGGCUACCAUUACCUCCAACACAACCAUGGUGCUGGCCACCUAGACAGUGGAGGCAGCUACGUCACUCUUAUGGACCCGGACACCGAAGACUUCACUAUUGUCAUUGAAACCAUGUCUCACGAUCACUCCAAGUGUAUUCGCCCUGAUCUGCCCCAGUAUGAAGUCAAAACUCAGUCUGCAACCUUUGUACUGGGUGGGAGCUUGGCCAAGGCUACUAUGCUGAGUCAGUGGAAGUCCACACUUAAGUUUGAGAAAGGAGAUGAGUCUGAGUACUUCCAGAAGAUGCCAUCAGUUGAGGUAACCAAGGGGUCGUUCACGCUGGAUCUAGCAGUGGACACGGUCAUCACUCUCUCCACUCUCAAGGGACAACAGAAGGGGGCUUUCCCCAACAUCCCUGGGUCCAAGCCCUUCCCUGACAGCUACAAAGAUGACUUCAAUAGUUACGAUGUGGACUCUGAGGCAAAGUACUUUGCUGACCAGUCUGGUGUGUUUGAGAUUGUGGACACAAGGAGCUCUCACGCAAAAGCCAUGAGACAAGUGGUGACGUCAAGGCCAAUAACUUGGUGCUCUGAUUCUAACAACCCAAUCACCAUACUGGGAAACAGCACUUGGCAAGAUGUGACGGUCCAGGUGUCAGUUUUCCUAGAGAAUGGAUCCAAGCGAGCUUUUGUGGCCGCACGUGUUGACCGAGGUGGGUGUGGCAUCCUCCUAGCUCAGGGAAUCUACUUCUGGAUUGACGCGGCUGGGUACUGGAACAUGACGUCUAAUCUCAUUGGUGCAGACUCUAUUGCCUUUGGCAAGUAUGAGGUGAAAGAGAACACCUGGUACACUCUGGGACUGACUGUCAAGGGUGUGAUGGUAGAGGCCUCCAUUGACGAAAAGAUGGUCACUUCUCAGACUGUGAAGACGGGCAAAGGGUUUGUCGGGUUCGGGAUGGGUGGUUUCUAUCCAGGCGUCUUUGAUGACUUCAGCAUGACUGCAACAGGUUGAGUUCAAAGGUGCCGCAGUCGUACAUUAUUCCAGCUGUUAGCUGACUGCCUAGCUAUGUAGAUAGUUUAAUAAUGUACCCUCGAACUACAUGAUUACAAUUGUAUUGUAUGUUGUUUAUUUUAUUUGUCUUUUUAUAAUUUUAUACAAAUGACAUGUAAAAACAGCUUGUAA